AUGCUCACCCGUCUUCUUUGCCUCGCCGCCGUGUCUCACGCCUUUGUCAUUCCCGAGAUUGUACUUCACAAGGGCGGUGUAAACGGAGGCGUCGCCAGUGAAAAUGCCGAGUGCAGCCGGAUUGGCCGCAACGUGCUGAGCAAGGGCGUACGUAUCCUUAGAGCCCUUUCCUCGUUCCUGCCCUUUCCCCUUUCAUCCAGGAUACUAAUACCGGGCAUCGCCACAGGGCAACGCGGUGGACUCUCUCGUGGCCACCACCUUUGCAUCGGCGUCGUCGCUUCUCACCACUCCGGUAUCGGUGGUGGCGGCUUCGCCGUGGUCCGGGACGAGGAUGGCGCUUACGAGGUGAUUGACUUUAGGGAAGCCGCGCCGGCGGCGGCUUUCGAAGACAUGUACCAAGGCAAUGUGCAGGGUAGUAUCAGGUCCGGCUUGUCUGCUGGCAUCCCGGGCGAAGUCCGUGGACUCGAAUACAUGCACAAAAAUAUGGCAACUACGCCGAGCGAGAUCGCCGAGUCCAUGAUCUCCGUCCUCCAAAAGGAGAACGGGACCAUGACCCUCGAGGAUCUGCGCUCCUACCAAGCCAUCAGCCGCGAGGCGCUCGAAAUCUCGUACCGCGGCUACAAGCUCUACACCUCGGGCGCGCCCAGCAGCGGAGCGGUGCUGAUGGGGAUCCUCAAGAUCAUGGAGCAGUACCCGGUCCGGGACUGGGAAGACGUCGACCUCACCAUCCACCGCUUCAGCGAAGCCAUGCGCUUCGCCUACGGCGCCCGCCUCGAGCUCGGCGACCCGGACUUCGUCCCCGCGUCCCGCAAGGUGGAGAAGAUGCUGCUCAGCGAUUCCUGGGCGAGGACCGUCCGCGGCAUCAUCCUCGACAACCAGACGCAGCCCGUCGAGGUCUACGACCCCAGGGAGAUUUACACCACCGACGGCCAGGGCACGUCGCACAUCGUCACCGCCGACAAGAAGGGCAUGGCGACGUCCAUGACCACGACCGUGAAUCUGCUAUACGGCUCCCUCAUCAUGGACCCAGUUACCGGUCAACAACGAAAUGAACGACUUCUCCAUCCCCAACGUCUCCAACGAAUUCGGCUUCGCCCCUCCGCCGCCAACUUCAUCCGCCCCAACAAGCGGCCCCUCUCCUCCAUCACCCCCGUCAUCAUCGAGAUCCCCGCCGACCCCGCCACCGGCCGCCCCGCCCGCCUCUACACCACCGUCGGCGCCGCCGGCGGCUCCCGCAUCAUCAGCGCCACCACCCAGGUCGUCUGGCACCUCGUCGAGCACGACUUCUCCCUCCGCCGCGCCCUCGCCGAGCCCCGCCUCCACGACCAGCUCAUGCCCAACCACGUCCUCUUCGAGUACGGCUUCGACAACGCCACCGUCGACAGCAUGCGCGACCGCGGCCACGAGAUCGUCAGGGUCGCCGAGGGCUUGAGCGCCGUGCACGCCGUGCGCGUGCAGGGCGGCGUGUUCGAGGCCGAGGCUGAACCUAGGCAAAAAGACAGCGGCGGCUCAACGGCCUAG